GAUAAAACGUUGCAUAUAAAAACUGCCAAGUGCCAAGCAAAUUUAUCAUUCACUGGUCUGCUUCCUGCUUGCUCUGUCAGUCCUACUGAAAUUCAUUCUUCAGCAUGAAGGUCCUCAUCCUGUUGGCUCUGGUGGCAUGUGCCGCAGCUGUGCCUAUUUACGGAGGUGUUAGCACUGGAGUCUAUGAAGACGACGUCGACUACCUGAAGUCUGGCAUUCAUGGAGAAGUAAGUGGGUACCACAGCUACCCAUGGUAUCAUUGGUUGCACCGUGGAUUGGAAGGUAUCUAUGACAGCGAUGUAUGGCAUUCCGGAAUCUACGGAAGCCAUCAUUACGGAUACGGAUACCCCACCUCCCACUGGGCAUCUUACUGGGGAGGAAUCUACCCAAGGGCUGGUUUGAUCAGAGACGCUUACACUGGAGGCUAUGGAUUGUACGGCAAGGGAGUCUACAACUACGGACCGUACACCCACCACUACGGAGCUUACACCCACAACUACGGACCCUACAACCACCACUACGGAUACUACGGAUACCCCUACGGCGGCUGGCACGGAGCUAGCCCCUCAUGGCACAAAUAUUACUAAGUAAUGAUAUUUUUUUAAUAUUGUUAUUGUUGUCUUAUUUAAUAAACCUCAUCAAAAAUAUA